CAAAGUAAGCGGCGAAAAAAGGUGGCAGAAAAUUUUUUCACUUGCAGAAAAUAUUAUAGUUUGUUAACAGUCUAAAAAUUGAAGAAAAUACAGUGAAAAUGAGUAACGCCGCCGGCUUGGGCGCACGACCGCCACCAAGAAUUGAUGGCAUGGUUUCGUUAAAGGUCGACAAUCUCACAUAUCGGACAACACCCGAGGAUUUGCGACGUGUGUUUGAACGUUGCGGUGAGGUGGGCGAUAUUUACAUACCACGCGAUCGUUACACACGUGAAAGUCGCGGUUUUGCAUUUGUGCGCUUCUACGACAAACGCGAUGCCGAGGACGCACUGGAGGCCAUGGAUGGUCGCAUGUUAGAUGGCAGGGAGCUACGCGUACAAAUGGCACGCUAUGGACGACCCUCGUCUCCAACGCGUCGCAACAGCGGAAGUCGUCGUGGAGCCGGCACGGGCGCUGGAGCAGGCGGUGGCGGACGACGUCGUUCGCGUUCUCGAUCACCACAACGUCGCCGUUCCCGUAGCCCACGUCGUCGCUCUUAUUCGCCACGUUCACGCUCUCGCUCUGCCGCCAGCUCAACCGAACGUCGCGGCAAAUUCUCACGCAGUCCGGGGGCAAGAGGUGAGAGUCGCAAUGGCGUAGGCGCUGGUAUUGCAGCUGGCUCGCGUAGUCGCAGUCGCACCUAGGCUUCAUACGUUCCAUUUACUAAUAUACGAUAAGCCUUAAUUGAUUGACUCGCGGGGCACUCUUCUCGGAGGAUACAAGAAAUUCUCAUGCUGUGUACCAGAACAGCAGGUAUACAAAAAUAUACACAACUACAUACACAACUAUUUUAGAAUAACAUGCAUAUUUUAAGUUGAUGAAAAACAAUAACAAAAAAAAAA